AUGGCAUCUCAGGAUUCCAAGCCCGCGCAAGUCCCGGCCACCGCCGAGCUCACGGCCCCGGCGGCUGCUGCCGCAGGGGAGGCGCCGAAUCCCACUUCCCCGACAGCAGCCCAAAACCCUAGCGCUGCCGCGGCCGCCGCCGCCGGUGGGGCAGCCACGGAUCUAGAGAAGAAGAUGCGCCGAGCGGAGCGGUUUGGGACGCAGGUGGUGAUGUCCGAGGACGAGAAGCGAAGCAGCCGCGCCGAGNNGUUUGGGACCGGAUCUUCCAAUGAAAAGAUGGAGGAGCAGAAGAAGAAGUCCAGAGCUGAGAGGUUUGGCCUUCCCACGCCCUCCUCUGAUGAUACCGAGGCAAAGAAAAAAGCCCGCUUAGAGCGAUUUGGUCAGAGCACAGAAGUUGGCAAGGCGGAAGAAGAGAAGCGGAAGGCACGGGCCCUUAGGUUUGCAGGAGCGCCUAGUGGGUCAUCUGAAGGAAAGGACAAAGACACCUCCAAGCCGACACAGGACACGGCUACUGUAGCUGGCACGGCAUAA